CUCACACCUUCACUAUUGUUUCUCCCUCCCUCACUCCAGUGGUUGUCUCUCUCUCUCUCUCUCUUUCUCUCUCUCUCUAUUGCAUGAUCGACGGCCGGCGGAUAUCUCAAACUUGCUUCCAGCGAAUGGUCGGCUGAGUUUCGAGACUUCAUGACAUGGUUGAAGAGGUUAAGGGGGUUUAAGGAGAAAAACAAUUCAGUUGAGACAGUAAGGUAGAGCAAUUUUAGAUGUUCGGGAUAUUUUGAUGCAAUGACAUCUGAUAUGCGGCUAGGUAUGGCACAAAGUUUUAGAACAAGCAGGUCUUCAUUCACCUCGAAUGGAUAUGAAUCUCCUUCACUCAACCCUGCUAGUGUCUCGAAUGGGGACCAAUAUGACAGCGAUGGUUCCAAUUUUGCUCCACAUACACCAUCGACCCUGUCAAUGGCUGUUCCGCCAGAACUUGUUGGUGCUAUACCCUUGAUUGAUAAAUUCCAGGUGGAGGGGUUUCUUAGGGCAAUGCAAAAACAAAUUCAAUCAGCUGGAAAACGUGGUUUUUUUUCUAAAAGAUCCGCGGGCACCGAAGUGCGGGAGAAAUUCACAUUUGAGGAUAUGAUGUGUUUCCAAAAGGAUCCUAUCCCAACUUCAAUCCUAAAGAUAAACGGUGAUCUAGUUAAUCGGGCAGUAAAGCUGUUCCAGAUUGUUUUGAAGUACAUGGGUGUUGAUUUGUCUGAUCGAGUGACUCCAACAAGGUUAGAGGAACGCAUUGAGCUUAUUGGGAAACUAUAUAAGGAUACUUUGAAGCGUUCUGAGCUUCGAGACGAACUUUUUGCACAAAUUUCAAAGCAGACAAGGAAUAAUCCUGAUAGGCAAUAUUUAAUUAGAGCAUGGGAGUUAAUGUAUUUAUGUGCAUCCUGCAUGCCUCCUAGCAAGGAUAUUGGUGGGUAUUUAUCAGAAUAUGUUCGUAAUCUGGCACACAGUGUGAAUACUGAUCCAGAUAUUCAAGUCCUUGCAUUGAACACAUUAAAUGCAUUGAAGCAUUCUGUUAAGGCUGGACCUAGGCUUACCAUACCUGGCCAUGAGGAGAUUGAAGCUCUUUUGACUGGUAAAAAACUGACGACUAUAGUGUUUUUCCUGGAUGAAACUUUUGAAGAAAUUACAUAUGGCAUGGCGACAACUGUAGCUGAUGCCGUUGAGGAGCUUGCAGGGAUUAUUAAAUUGACAGAGUAUUCUAGCUUCAGUCUGUUUGGGUGCCGGAGGGUUGUUCCCGGUUCUAAAUCUCCUGAUCCUGGAAAUGAGGAGUAUAUUGGGUUGGAUGAUAACAAAUACAUUGGGGAUCUUCUAGCUGAAUUCAAGGCAGCAAAGGACCGAAGUAAAGGAGAAAUCUUACACUGCAAAUUGACUUUUAAAAAAAAGUUGUUUCGCGAGUCUGAUGAUGCUAUAGGAGAUCCAAUGUUUGUUCAGUUAUCUUAUGUUCAAUUGCAACAUGAUUAUAUACUAGGCAAUUAUCCUGUUGGAAGGGAUGAUGCUGCACAGCUGUCUGCACUGCAAAUUUUGGUUGAAAUUGGAUCGGUUGACAGCCCUGAAUCAUGCAUUGACUGGACAUCACUUCUUGAGCAUUUUCUACCAAGACAAAUUGCAAUAACUCGAGCAAAGCGGGAAUGGGAAUUGGAUAUUCUUUUUCGGUUUCGUUCAAUGGAAAAUCUAACGAAGGAUGAUGCAAGACAGCAAUUUUUGCGGAUCUUGAGAACGCUUCCUUACGGGAAUUCUGUUUUCUUCAGUGUUCGCAAGAUUGAUGAUCCCAUUGGACUUCUCCCUGGGAGGAUUAUUUUGGGCAUUAAUAAACAUGGGGUUCAUUUCUUCCGUCCAGUUCCAAAAGAAUAUCUACAUUCUGCUGAGUUACGAGAUAUCAUGCAAUUCGGUAGCAGUAAUACUGCUGUAUUUUUUAAAAUGAGAGUUGCUGGUGUCUUGCACAUCUUUCAAUUUGAAACUAAGCAGGGAGAGGAAAUCUGUGUUGCUCUUCAAACACAUAUAAAUGAUGUCAUGUUACGCCGCUACUCUAAAGCAAGGUACGUUGCUAGUGGGUCAAUAAAUGGAGAUUUGUCUAAUAACUUUAGGCCACCCAGUGUGGAUGUUCAUGAGGAACGCAUCCAGCAUUUGUCCAAAGCCCUUGAAGAAUCACAAAAGAAUGCUAAUCAAUUAUUGGAAGAACUACAUGAAAAACAAAAACAAGAAGCAGGACUGCAAGAAGAACUGGAGCGCUUUAAAGAUUUUUUGAGAUCUGAGAAGCAAAACGUAGAGGAAGUUACUUGUGACCGUGACAAACUCAGAUCUUUGUGUGAUCAAAAAGAUUUGGCACUUCAGGCUGCAUUGUUGGAGAAACGGAGCAUGGAAGCAAGAUUGGUGAAGCUUAGUAAUCCAGGAUUCGAGAGUAAUGCCAAAAAGGAGAUAAUUGAAGCAAAUAACCAGGUGCUACAAAAGAUCCAAGAUGAAUUAAGAGUUUGCAGUGCAGAGUUGCAUGUAUCAGAAGAAACUACAAAAAGAAUGGUAAAUGAAAAAUUAUUGUUGGAAGAGAGAUUUUUAAGGCUUGAAAAGAAGAAAGCUGAGGAGAUGGAAAUUCUUGAGAAAAACUUUGAACAAGAACGCAAGGCCAUGAAGCUUCAAGUUUCUGAACUUGAAAGGAAGCUGGAAGAGGUUACGCAAGGUUUGACUGUGACAGAGUCGCGUCUUGCGAUCAAAGAUAAAGAGUUUUCCACUUUUCAAAAUAAUUUGAAGGAACUUGAGGAACUAAGAGAAAUGAAAGAGGACAUUGAUAGAAAGAAUGAGCAAGCUGCGGCGCUCUUAAAGAUGCAAGGUGCCCAAUUGGCUGAGUUAGAAGCACUUUACAAGGAAGAACAAGUUUUGAGGAAACGAUAUUUUAAUACAAUAGAAGAUAUGAAAGGCAAGAUUAGAGUCUUCUGUCGAUUAAGGCCUCUCAGUGAAAAAGAGAUUGUUGGAAAAGAAAGAAAUGUGCUUACAAGUUUAGAUGAGUUCACUGUUGAACAUCAAUGGAAAGAUGAUAUAAAGCAGCAUCUAUACGAUCAUGUUUUUGAUGGCAUUGCCGCACAAGAAGAUGUAUUUGAGGAUACAAGGUAUUUGGUGCAAUCUGCCGUAGAUGGAUAUAAUGUGUGCAUAUUUGCAUAUGGCCAAACUGGUUCUGGAAAGACAUUUACAAUUUAUGGCUCUGAGGAUAAUCCAGGGCUUACACCACGUGCUACAUUUGAACUUUUUAAAAUUCUGAAUCGCGAUUGUAACAAAUUCUCAUUUUGCCUGAAGGUAUAUAUGGUAGAAUUAUAUCAAGAUACAUUGGUCGAUCUUUUGCUACCGAAGUUUGCAAGGAGAUUAAAACUAGAUAUCAAAAAGGAUUCAAAGGGCAUGGUAUUUAUAGAAAAUGUGACGGUUGAAUCCAUUACAACAGUUGAAGAAUUGAACCUCAUCAUUCAGAGAGGAUCUGAACGUCGUCAUACAACUGAGACUUCGAUGAAUGAACAGAGUUCAAGAUCCCAUCUAAUACUUUCCAUUGUUGUUGAGAGUACCAACCUUCAAACUCAAUCCAUUGCUAGAGGAAAGCUUAGUUUUGUGGACCUUGCUGGUUCUGAGAGAGUGAAAAAAUCAGGUUCUUCCGGUAGUCAACUCAAGGAAGCUCAAAGUAUCAAUAAGUCACUUUCUGCACUUGGGGAUGUUAUCAGUGCUUUAUCGACUGGCAAUCAACACAUACCUUAUAGGAAUCACAAGUUGACAAUGUUAAUGAGUGAUUCACUUGGUGGUAAUGCUAAAACAUUGAUGUUUGUGAACAUAUCUCCAGCAGAGUCAAACUUGGACGAGACUUACAAUUCAUUGACUUAUGCAUCAAGAGUCCGGUCAAUUGUAAAUGAUCCAAGCAAAAAUGUUUCAUCAAAGGAAGCGGCUCGUUUGAAGAAGUUGGUUGCAUAUUGGAAGGAGCAGGCAGGUAAGAAGGGGGAUGUUGAAGAUUUAGAAGAGAUCCGAGAGGAACUGUCAACCAGAGAUAAAGCAGAUGGUCAUCAUUCCAUGUAAAGAAUGCGCCUAACUUUCAAUCUUUAUGGAUGCACCUGAAUUGGUAACAUGCAAACUAAGUCUUUUACCUUUUGUCUUACUUCCGCAACACAAUGAAUAACACUAUAUCAGAAAUCAAAGAAAAAACAUACAUUGUAUAUGCUAUAAAUAUAGAUUAUUUCUAGACA